CUUGGCAUGAACGCUACACUCGACGCGUCCGCUUUGAAACCUUUUACUCGAGGGCUCGCAUGUUUGGCGCGAUACGGCGAUGAUCUCGCCAUUUAUGCCACCGAAGACAGCCUCUCCCUCUCGACUACAAAUUCAUCCAAGUCUGCAUACGGUCGAUUCAAGUACGGUCGGCAAUUCUUCUCAAAAUACUCGGUGGAAUCUGCGGACUACACCCAGGCGGACGAUGAAGAGGGCUUUGCCGUUACAGGUCAGAUUUUGGCAAAGUCCUUACUGUCGAUCCUCAAACAUAGAACGAUCGAGAAGAAUGUUGAGCGGUGUGAAAUGUCGAUCGUCGAGGGCUCUCUCGACCGAACAGAAAGCGACGACAGCCUCGAGAGCAGGUUGAUCAUUCGCCUUCAUUGCAAGCAUGGGAAGUAUACGCUCAUUGCUAGGAAGUUAAAAUAUGCUCAUUCCAAAUUGUAUUUAGGUGUCGUGAAGACACACAGACUUGUUCUCUUGAAUCUGACAUCGUUCCUUGCACCGGGGGUGCCCAAUGCCCAGAACGAAUCGCAUCUUACUGUUGGGCCGCGAGCGAUCAGAGACAUGAUUGAAUACUUUCCCAUGCCGAAAGGUACAAGAUCUGACCCCCAGCUUGUGUGGAACUUCGGGGAAUCUGAGGUCGAGGUCAAGAGUUACGAGUCGUCGCUGGAUACUAAAGGGAGAAAUCAGCUUUCUACAGAAUUAUCCAUCAGUGCGGACGAGUUCGACCUGUACGACUUGUGUCUGACCCCAACGUCCAUUGCCUUCCAUCUGCGAGAAUUCAAUGCAACGAUAGCAUUCGCGGAAUCCAUGUCGCUCGCUCUGGAGCUGCGUUUCACCGACCCUGCGGCACCACUUUUCAUUGACGUCGAGGGGGACAACGUCGACACCCUUUUCGUGAUUUCGACCAGCCAAGUGCCAGGUGCUCCCGCUGCAAGUCAAGCUUCCACCAGCGUAAAUCCCAGGAAGAGGGUUCGGGAAGAAACCCCUCGCGAUCUCUCGCGUAUCAAGAAGCCCAUGAAGGCGGUUCAAAGGACAGACGCAGCAGCUCUUGCACACUCCGAGACAGACAGAGCCUCGCGAUCUCAAUCGACGAUGCCAAGAGGUUCGAUGCUUCCACCUGCUUCGAUACCAGACACCCAUCAGAAUGCAUCGAUGAAACUGCCGGGCGGAGGACUACCGGAAGCUCAGAGUACCCCACGACAAGAGGAGGAACCACUAUUCCUGCCGUUUUCGUCACAGCUCUCCAUUGCAGAAACACAGGUCUUGAAGAACACAGGUCUCGGAUUUGAAGAUAUGGAUGUGAAUGAAUUGAGCAUGUUGCUUGACGAUGAAGGGUUGGAAGUAGGACAACCCGAGGACGAAGAGUUGGAAUUCGCCGCAACCCAGCCAAAUUUAGACACCUCGGGUUUCAACCCGUUAUGGGAAGACUGACCUCACAAGAGUACUCCGCUGCUGCAUCACAUUGCUCAAUAAACACAUAGCAAAGCAUUAGAUUGAAGC